UUUUGCCAACGCAAGCCUAAUUACGCGUAUUGACAGAAGGUACGUGAAUUGUUUGCUUGCUUGCUUGCUUGCCUCCUCGCCUACCUGCCCAAUGAAUCACCAACUUGCUGGGUCAUCCAAGGAUGAUGCCAAGUCGGCUCAGAACCGAGUGUUCGGCGUUGCAACAUGUAGACAAUACACGAUGGAUACCUCCACCCUCGAUUCUGCGUGAUACUCUAGUUUUGAUCCACGACCCACCAAAGCCUGCAGACACUCGAUUGCUCUUGCAUUGUGCGAGUGGCUCAAAGGUGGACGGCGACCGAGGACGGAGAAACACUCCAGCAUACACCCUAGACGUCCAGUGUGGGAGAAUAUGCAGUCCAGUGACACAUUUAACCUUGGAGAGCGGGGAGAGCUCGAGCGUCACCCCAAGGGUUGCAUUUACGAUACAAAUAUGGAGACGGGAAGACAGUAAGAAUUGCACGGCUACGAUUUCUUACGCUAUAGUUCAUCUUCAUGUGUUAGUGGAGGACCGGCGGUCGGCGACAGGCAUGGAUGAUGGUGGGUGUGCCCGGCGCCACUGUUGUGUGGCUUGGAUGAAGCGGGGCGGUGAGUUCGGGAGCAGUGCAGCGGAGAGGAGAGAAGGCCCCCAAGCGCAGCAGACUGGACACGAUGACCACAGCGGGGGGUUUUUCGCCGCGCACCGAGACUUCAGCGACCAGAGCGCAUAUUGCAAAGCUCCAUCUGGCGGCCUGUGAGGGAAGCAGAAGCAGAAACAUGGGAGCGGCGGGGCGGGACGGGACUGGCUGCUAGCCACUGGCUGCUGGUGUCUUUUGUUGUCUGCCCCAGUGGUCUUGUUCUAGGCUUAGGCGGUGCAUGUGUCGGCAGCUGGCCCGUGACAGAAAG